UAUCACUACAGGCUUCUGCUAAACAUGAAAGAAAAACAAAACAAAAAUGUUCCUAUGUGAGAAUCAUUAGGAUACUGAACUGAGUGCAGAACUGUCUUACAUCCUGCCAUCUGCAGUCUUCCAGAAAAGAACAGGCCUCUUUUCAACCUCCUGUUUAAUCAGCAUAUUACUCCUGAACUGAAGAAUAAAUGGGAUCUGAAAUGAAUUUAAUAGGACAUCAUCAGCUAGCUACUGCUGAUGGAUUUCCUCUUGCUGAAGGUUCUCAUUUGUUUGGUGUCCUUUCAGAACCAAUGAGUUCUCCAGUGCAAGAGGCAGAUGUAUCACCUUAUGCACAGUACAACAAUGUGCCAUUUCCCCAAGUUCAGCCUCAGAUCUCAUCGCCACCUUAUUACUCCAACCUAGGCUUCUACCCUCCACAGCAUGAGGAAUGGUACUCCCCUGGGAUGUAUGAACUCAGGAGGUUACCCUCAGAGACCUUUUUCACAAGGGAGACAGAGAUAAUGGAUAUCCCUGCAGCCAAAAAGCCCAGACUGGGUCACUCCACAGGAAGAGUGAAGGGAGAAGAGCUCUGUGUGGUCUGCGGUGACAAAGCCUCUGGGUAUCACUAUAAUGCCCUUACCUGUGAAGGAUGCAAAGGAUUCUUCAGAAGAAGCAUCACAAAAAAUGCAGUAUACAAGUGUAAAAAUGGAGGCAACUGCGAGAUGGACAUGUACAUGAGGAGAAAAUGCCAGGAGUGCCGUCUAAGGAAAUGCAAGCAGAUGGGCAUGUUGGCUGAAUGUAUGUAUACAGGUCUCUUAACAGAGAUACAGUGCAAGUCAAAAAGGCUACGGAAAAAUGUGAAGCAGCCCCCAGAUCAGACAGUCAGUGAAGACAACGAAGGCCAUGAUGUGAAACAAGUAACUUCUACAACUAAAAUAUAUAGGGAGAAGGUAGAACUUACCCCAGAGCAGCAGAAACUUCUUGAUUAUAUUAUGGAUUCAUACAGCAAACAACAAAUACCCCAGGAGGUGUCAAAAAAACUACUGAACGAAGAAUUCAGUGCUGAAGGAAAUUUUCUGAUUUUAACAGAAAUGGCCACCAGUCACGUGCAGGUUCUUGUGGAAUUCACAAAAAAACUACCAGGCUUCCAAACCCUUGAUCAUGAAGACCAGAUUGCUUUGCUGAAGGGCUCAGCAGUAGAAGCCAUGUUCCUCCGCUCAGCUGAGAUCUUCAGCAGGAAACUUCCCACAGGACACACUGUCCUUCUAGAAGAAAGAAUUCGCAACAGUGGUAUCUCAGAUGAAUUCAUAACUCCCAUGUUUAAUUUCUAUAAAAGCAUUGGAGAGCUGAAGAUGACACAGGAAGAAUAUGCACUGCUCACAGCCAUAGUUAUCCUGUCUCCAGAUCGACAAUACAUAAAGGACAGAGAUUCUGUGGAAAGGCUUCAAGAACCUCUGCUGGAUAUCCUACAAAAAGUCUGCAAGCUUCACCACCCAGAUAACCCUCAACACUUUGCAUGUCUUCUGGGCCGUCUCACAGAAUUACGGACAUUUAACCAUCAUCACGCAGAGAUGCUGAUGUCAUGGAGAGUGAAUGAUCACAAAUUCACACCUCUUCUCUGUGAGAUCUGGGAUGUGCAGUGAUGGAUACUUCUUUAUUUUAUUUUAGGAGAAAUAUCUUUUUAAAGGACCACAUAGCACUUAUUUUCAUAAAGAAGUUCCCACGGUGCAUGAUAUUUUCUUUACUGCAUUUUUAUAGAAACAUGCCAUGGAUUCAUAAAAGUCAUUUUGUUCACUAGACACAGAAUAUUGUAUAGCUGUCAGAUCCUCACACGUGAGUAUAACUUUUUCUGUAUUUAUAUCCUCUAACCAGAAAGAGCCCACCAGCUCUUCAGAGGAACCCAAUUAAUUCCUGCUGCAAUUAAGCUGAUUGCAGUAACUGUUCCUCUGUAAAGAAAUGGGGAAAUGCAAGUUUCCAUUCAUAAUUUUUCAUUGCAGUGUUUUUUUUUUCUUUACCUCUGACAAAGAAUAUAUUCCAGAUAGUUACAGUAAUAAACCAGCUGAAAUGGUUAAUGUCAUAGUCAUUUGCUGUUCAACUCUGAAAUGUGUUCACGUUAAGGUGUGCAAGAUGUUAUUUCUUCACAAGAUGAAAAAUUAUGUAAUGGAGGAAAACCACAUACACACAAAAACAGUUUUAAUGAUAUAACAUGUAACUUGAAUUGCAUUAUUAUUUCGAAGUAAAAAUUAUAGAGUAUCUUUA